UUUUUAAAUAGGUCAGAAGACUUCUCUAACACAAGAAACAGAGCUAUUGGAAUCCUUACUUCAGGAGGUAGAGCACCAGUUACGAUCUUGUAGUAAAAGUGAGUUGAUAUCUAAGAGCUCAGAAAUCCUCAUGAUGUUUCAGCAAGUUCAUCGCAAGCCCAUGGCAUCCUUUGUUACCACUCCUGUUCCACCAGAUUUUACCAGUGAAUUAGUACCAUCUUAUGAUUCAGCUACUUUUGUUUUAGAGAAUUUCAGCACUUUGCGCCAGAGAGCAGAUCCUGUUUACAGUCCACCUCUUCAAGUUUCAGGACUUUGUUGGAGAUUAAAAGUUUACCCAGAUGGAAAUGGAGUUGUCCGUGGAUACUACUUAUCUGUGUUUCUGGAACUCUCAGCUGGCUUGCCAGAAACUUCCAAAUAUGAAUAUCGUGUAGAAAUGGUUCAUCAGUCUUGCAAUGAUCCUACAAAAAACAUCAUUCGAGAGUUUGCAUCUGACUUUGAAGUUGGAGAAUGCUGGGGUUAUAAUAGAUUUUUUCGUUUGGACUUACUUGCAAAUGAAGGAUACUUGAAUCGACAAAAUGAUACAGUAAUUUUAAGGUUUCAGGUUCGUUCACCAACUUUCUUUCAAAAAUGCCGGGAUCAGCAUUGGUAUAUUACUCAGUUGGAGGCUGCACAGACUAGCUAUAUCCAACAAAUAAAUAACCUUAAAGAGAGACUUACUAUUGAGUUAUCUCGAACUCAGAAAUCAAGAGAUUUGUCACCACCAGCUAAUCAUCUUAGCCCCCAAAAUGAUGACAGUCCUGAGACACGAUCCAAGAAGUCUGCGUCCUGUACUGACAUGCUUCUCCAGGAUGGUCCUAUUUUAGCUUCUGUAAGAGAGGCCAAAGAGGAUGAAGAUGAGGAGAAGAUUCAGAAUGAGGAUUAUCAUCAUGAGCUUUCAGAUGGGGACCUGGAUCUGGAUCUUGUUGGUGAAGAUGAAGUAAACCACCUCGAUGGUAGCAGUUCCUCUGCCAGUUCCACAGCAACAAGCAACACGGAGGAAAAUGACAUAGAUGAAGAAACUAUGUCUGGAGAAAAUGAUGUGGAAUACAACAAUAUGGAAUUGGAAGAGGGAGAACUUAUGGAAGAUACAGCUGCUGCAGGACCUCCAGGUAGUAAUCAUGGCUAUGUUGGUGCCAGUAGUAGAAUGUCAAGAAGAACACACUUAUGUUCUGCUACUACAAGUAAUUUAUUAGACAUUGAUCCUUUCAUUUUAAUGCAUUUGUUGGACCUUAAGGGCCGGAACAGUAUGGAAAAUUUGUGGGGCUUACAACCUCGCCCACCUGCUUCACUGCUGCAGCCCACAGUUUCAUAUUCUCGAAAAGAUAAAGAUCAAAGGAAACAGCAAGCAAUGUGGCGAGUUCCCUCUGACUUAAAGAUGCUAAAAAGACUGAAAACUCAAAUGGCUGAAGUUCGAUGUAUGAAGACUGAUGUAAAGAAUCCACUUUCAGAAAUAAAAAGCAGCAAUGCUCCUUCUGGAGACAUGCAGACAAACCUUUUUUCUGCUGACCAGGCAGCUCUGGCUGCAUGUGGAACUGAAAACUCUGGCAGAUUGCAGGAUUUGGGAAUGGAGCUCUUGGCAAAGUCAUCAGUUGCCAGUUGCUACAUACGAAACUCCACAAAUAAGAAGAGUAAUUCACCCAAGCCAGCUCGGUCCAGUAUAGCAGGUAGUCUAUCACUUCGAAGAGCAGUAGACACUGGGGAAAAUAGCUAUUCGAGGGGAGACUGUCAGCCUCUGUCUGAAGUUUCUCCAGGGAGCUCUCAGUCUGGGAGCAGGCACAGUUCUCCCCGAGCCUUGACACAUGGCAGUUUCGGUGAUAUUCUGCCGAAAUCUGAAGACCUGCAGAGUCAGUCUUUGGACUCAAAUGCUAUUGUGGUUACAGUUAUCAAUGGCUUACCUGCUGUUGAGAAAAGAAGGAAGAUGGUCGCCUUGGGGGCUAAUGUUAAAGGAGGUCGUCUGGAAGGAAUGCAAAUGACUGACUUGGAAAAUAAUUCCGAGACUGGGGAAUUACAGGCUAUACUGCCUGAAGGAGCUUCUGCUGCCCCUGAGGAAGGGAUGAGUAGUGACAGUGAUGUGGAAUGUGACACUGAGAACGAGGAGCAGGAAGAGCACACCAGCCUGGACGGAUUCAACGACUCUUUCACGGCACAGCCCCCAGAUGAAGGUGCAGCGCUAGAUGCGCAUUCCAGUUUUCCUGAUGGUGAACAAAUAGGCCUUGAAGAUCUCAGCUUCAAUACUGAGGACAACAGUGGAAGGUAAUUGGAUUCGAAACUGAUACUGCACCUGAUGGGUUGUUAACAAGAUCUAGGCUUGAGAAAAUGAAAGAUGUGAGGUCCAUUUGGGGGGGGGAGGGGGCGGGUAAAAUAUCAGGCUGGUGAGAUUCUGGUCACAAGCCUCGAGAAAAGACUUACUUCAAACCAAGAGAAAACAAAUACUGAAAAUGUCUAAUUACAUUCAAUUUUUUAAAAUAAAAUAUGUGAACUAAUGAUGUGAUCAUCACUAAAGUGAAGCUGUUUUAACCCAAAGUAUCUGUUUUUUAAAAUCCAGGGGUUUUACUCCUCCCUUAUGGAUCUGGAGAACAUAAAGUAACUGUAUUAUGUACAAACAUAGUUAGGCAUUGGACGUUCCUCAGCAAGAGCACCCAUUAUCUGAUAGAAUGAGUGAUGAGCACUAUAGCAGGUACCUCCUGUCCAUUGACUUGUCUGGUCCACAGUUGACUAGGGGAGGGUAACAUGUCAUGUGGAGACAUUCAUGAUUCUCAGAAUCAGACUGCUUCAUUGAAUGAAUCUGAUAAUUAUUCUAUUUGCUGUCUUUAGUUGAGGAUGUGCUUCUGACUUGAAAC